AUGGGGAGGUACCGCCGGCCUGUGAAGAAAGAUGUGGAAUUUAUGAAAACGGGAAGAGAGACACCAUCGCAGGGAAAGAAUGAGUCUUCGGGGCUACCUUUGGACACCAGGCAGCACCUCUCCUCCCAAGUCCCUGUUGGGAAUGCACAGAACUGCAGUUUUCAAAGGCAUGGUGUCAAGUGCAGCCGCUCUGCUCUGGAGCACUGGGUGGGAGACGGCGUGUUCCGGUUUCACAGGGAUACGGGAUGUGAGGAUGGUGUUCUGGGCGGCAAGCUCACAGGGAGGCAGGAGCGAGCAUCCCUGGGCAGGGAGAGCCCCCAACAGCAGGACUGGCACAGUGCCCCAGGCAUCAGGUAUUUCCACACGAUAUACCUAGGUAUUCGAAGUCGGCAGAGCGGGGAGAACGACCGGUGGAGGUUCUACUGGAAGAUGGUGUAUGAGUACGCGGACGUGAGCAUGCUGCACCUCCUGGCCACCUUCUUGGAGAGCGCGCCCCAGCUGGUGCUGCAGCUCUGCAUCGUCGUGCAGACGCAUAGCCUGCAGGCCCUGCAAGGUUUCACAGCAGCAGCCUCCCUGGUAUCCCUGGCUUGGGCCUUGGCCUCCUACCAGAAGGCCCUCCGGGACUCUCGCGAUGACAAGAAGCCCAUCAGCUACAUGGCCGUGGUCAUCCAGUUCUGCUGGCACUUCUUCACCAUCGCGGCCAGGGUCAUCACCUUUGCCCUCUUUGCCUCGGUUUUCCAGCUCUACUUUGGGAUCUUCAUUGUCCUUCACUGGUGCAUCAUGACCUUCUGGAUCGUCCACUGUGAGACGGAGUUCUGCAUCACCAAGUGGGAGGAGAUCGUGUUCGACAUGGUGGUGGGGAUUAUCUACAUCUUCAGCUGGUUCAAUGUCAAGGAAGGCAGGACACGCUGCAGGCUCUUCAUUUACUAUUUCGUGAUCCUUCUGGAAAACACAGCCUUGAGUGCCCUCUGGUACCUCUACAAGGCUCCCCAGAUCGCGGAUGCAUUUGCCAUCCCGGCGCUGUGCGUGGUCUUCAGCAGCUUCUUAACCGGCGUGGUUUUUAUGCUGAUGUAUUAUGCCUUCUUUCAUCCCAACGGACCCCGAUUCGGGCAGUCACCAAGCUGUGCUUGCGAGGACCCUUCUGCUGCCUUCACUCUGCCUCCAGACGUGGCCACGAGCACCUUGCGGUCCAUCUCCAACAACCGCAGUGUCGCCGGCGACCGCGACCAGAAAUUCACAGAGCGAGAUGGGUGUGUCCCUGUCUUUCAGGUGAGGCCCACGGCCCCAUCCACCCCAUCCUCUCGCCCACCACGGAUUGAAGAGUCCGUCAUUAAGAUUGACCUGUUCAGGAAUAGGUACCCAGCGUGGGAGAGACACGUUUUGGACCGAAGCCUCCGAAAGGCCAUCUUAGCCUUUGAAUGUUCGCCGUCUCCUCCGAGGCUGCAAUACAAAGACGAUGCUCUCAUUCAGGAGCGGCUGGAGUAUGAGACCACUUUAUAAAACAGAGGACUUGGAGGAGCCACGACCUCCAGACAGAGGGGUGACCGCAGGGCUGUGGCAAUAAGGAAACUCUCCCCUAGAGCAGGCCGACGGGCUGCGAGGCUCCCAGUUUGACCCUCAUCAGAUUCGUGUCUGACCCUCCAUCAGCAGAGUGCCUGCUGCUGGCCUCUUUUCAAAGAGCAGCCCCAAGACCCUCUUACUCUUCUGAAGGGAACAGGCCAGCUGAGUGGGACUCCUUGUUGCCGCCAGCCCCUCCAGCCCAAUCUUCAGCACAUCCAUCCAAGGGUACUGUUGUGAUGGGAAAUACUGCCUCCAAUCAGUAGGGUGUUUGGAUGGAGUUAACUGAUCUUUGCAUAAAAAUAUACUGAAUCACACAUACACACAUGAGUACACACACACUAACACACAUGCCAAUCCUCUGUCAAAAUAGUUUAGGUGAUUUCUCUUGAUGCAAAGCUGUGAUUCCUGCAGGAAUAUGAAAACCAAGAGAGAGAAAACAUAUCCCUCAAGACUCCAGAAAAACAAAAAACAAACAAACAAAAAAAUAUAGUGAAGCUUAGAAAGAAUUCAUAAACCAUCCUCAUGUGAAAACCUUACCCAAUGGACAGAAAACCCAAUUGUGUUUACACAUGUAUUAGAAUUGAUGAAAUGGUUCAUUUUCAACACAAGUCAGGAUUUUUUUUUUCAUUUUAAAUUUUCAGUUGAGAACAUCUCCUAUUACAGAAAUCCUAUGCAGCCCAUGGAUGGCUUCUGACAAGACCAAGGAGCUUGAUACCUUAGUGAUGUAAGUUCAGUGAUAAUCAGGAUGCAGUAUUCAGUUGCAAAAAAAAAUGUAAUAAAACCACGGAGAGGAAGUGGGAGCAAAAGGCAGAAUGAGUGUCUGAUUUCCUGGCCUGUGCAGCUCACACAGAAAGGUCAGGGCAGAGUGGCGGGACAGAUGGCCAGUGUACAGGUGCAGGAAUGGAGGUCCUGUGUGAUGGCGGGCAGGCAGGAUUUCAGAAUACGCCAUGCCACACCCUUCUAGUGCCAAAGUCCAUCCAACACGGGACUGAUGGGGAAGCCCUGAAUGGUU